CUCUCGGGCUGAGCAGCCAACGGUUCUUCCGGGACAGAUCCCCGGGAAGCCAGGGUCUCCCGGUCCCCAGGCAGCGCCCCUCUCCUGGGUACUAGCCCCAUCCCCUGGGUACAACCCCGGGGGGGGGGAGGGCCGGGGCCGGGGGCGGGGGAGGGGCGCCAGCUCUCCGAGGGCCCUUCCGGGGGCAGCGCCUCGCUGGGCGGGGGUGGGGGCCGCCUCUGGCAGCAGCUUCCUCUCCUCAGUCCUGGUCCGAGAGGUCCCGUGCUGCCGCCUGCUGGAGGCCGGCGGGGCCGCGGGCCGCGGGCAGCCCUCGUCUCGGAGCUCGGGGCGGCCCGGGCAGUGAAGAGCCCGCCCAGGGCGGGGACAGCUCAGCUUGCGGCGCAGCUCGCCCCCCCGCGGCCGCGCAGGGCACGACGAGGGGGAGGGAAAAGGGGGGCAGGCGCCCCUCCCCUCCCCUCCCUCCUCCUCGCGGCCCCUCCCCUCCCCCUCCCUCCCAGCGCCCGCCCUGACAGCCACAGCCGCGCUGCCUCUGCGGGGCCGCUGCGGGGCUGCUGCCGGGGCCCGGCUCCCCCAGGGCCAGGGCCAAGGCCAAGGCCAGGGCCGCCCAGCCGCGCCCCCGCCCCCGCCCCGGCUGGCUCCGCCCGCCCGCCCGCCCACCCGGCGGCUCGGCCGGGGAUGCGGCGGAGGCGGCGGCGGCUCUGAGGCCGAGCAUGGCCGGCCCCGGCCCGACCUACCCGCUCCACCGGCUCGUCUGGGCCAACCGGCACCGGGAGCUGGAGGCCGCGUUGCACAGUCGCCAGCACGACAUCGAGCUGCUCGAUCCUCGGGGUCGGACCCCCCUGGAGCUGGCCGUGUCCCUGGGGAACUUGGAGUCGGUCCGAGUGCUGCUGCGGCACAAUGCCAACGUGGGCAAGGAGAACCGCCAAGGCUGGGCAGUCCUACAGGAGGCUGUCAGUACUGGGGAUCCUGAGAUAGUCCAGCUGGUGCUGCAAUACCGGGACUACCAGCGGGCCACCCAGAGGCUGGCGGGCAUCCCCGAGCUCCUGAGCAAGCUCUGCCAGGCACCCGAUUUCUACGUAGAGAUGAAGUGGGAGUUCACCAGCUGGGUGCCCCUCGUGUCCAAGAUGUGCCCGAGUGACGUGUACCGCGUGUGGAAGCGCGGCCAGAGCCUGCGGGUGGACACCAGCCUCCUGGGCUUCGAGCACAUGACCUGGCAGCGAGGCCGGAGGAGCUACAUCUUCAAAGGCCAGGAGGCCGGCGCCCUGGUGAUGGAGGUGGACCACGACCAGCAGGUGGUGCGAACAGAGACGCUGGCCCUGGCCCUGCACGAGCCCGAGGCCCUGCUGGCCGCCAUGCAGCCCAGCGAGGAGCACGUGGCCAGCCGGCUCACCUCGCCCAUCGUGUCCACCCACCUGGACACCCGCAAUGUUGCCUUUGAGAGGAACAAAUGCGGGAUCUGGGGCUGGCGGUCCGAGAAGAUGGAAGUUGUGAGCGGCUACGAGGCCAAGGUGUACAGCGCCAGCAAUGUGGAGCUGGUGACGAGGACUCGAACGGAGCACCUGUCUGACCAGGACAAGGCCAGGAGCAAAGGGGGGAAGACGCCCUUCCAGUCCUUCCUGGGGAUGGCCCAGCAGCACUCGGCCCACAACGGGGCCCCCGUGCAGCAGCCGGUCAGCCCCACCAACCCCACGGCCAUCUCUGCCGACGAGUACUUCGACCCCAGCUUCAGCCUGGAAGCGCGCAACAUCGGCCGCCCCAUCGAGAUGUCCAGCAAAGUGCAGCGGUUCAAGGCCACCCUGUGGCUGAGCGAGGAGCACCCCUUGUCUCUGGGGGACCAGGUGACCCCCAUCAUCGACCUCAUGGCCAUCAGCAAUGCCCACUUCGCCAAACUUCGGGACUUCAUCACCUUGCGCCUCCCCCCAGGCUUCCCGGUCAAGAUUGAAAUCCCCUUAUUCCACGUGCUCAACGCCCGGAUCACCUUCGGCAACCUGUGCGGCUGCGACGAACCUCUGAGCUCCGUGUGGGUGCCGUCGCCCAGCCCGAGGUCCACCGACUCCUCCGCCUCCCCGGCCGCCGGGAGCCCCUUUCCCUGCGAGGUGGACCCGGCCGUGUUCGAGGUCCCCGAGGGCUACAGCGUGCUGGGCGCCGGCCACAGCGAGCCCCUGCGGGACGAGGACGACGACCUGCUGCAGUUUGCCAUCCAGCAGAGCCUGCUGGAGGCCGGGACUGAGACCGAGCAGGUGACCAUCUGGGAGGCCCUGACCAACACCCGGCCAGGCCCGGAGCUCCACUCCCCGCCACCAGCCUACGAGGAGCAGCUGCAGCUGGAGCGGGCCCUCCAGGAGAGCCUGCUGCCGCCUCCGGAGCCGGGGGGCCCCGGGUCCCCUCGCCUGACCCCGGCCUCCCUGAGCCCCCCCAGCUUCGAUGAGCAGCUGCGCCUGGCCCUGGAACUGUCCUCCCGGGAGCAGGAGGAAAGAGAGAGGAGGGGGCGGCAGGAAGAGGAGGAGCUCCAGCGAAUUCUGCGCCUCUCCCUCACGGACCACUGAGGACACGGCCCCGCCUUUUACCAUUUACUUACUUAUGAACUGCUGACCAGCGGGAGGGGAGGGUCAGGGGUUCGGGGUGGCCCGGAUGGAAAUAAAUAGAAACCAGCCUGUG